AUGUCGUAUCUCGAUCGCAAAUCUGGCCUUGCGUCAACGGCAAAGGAAGCGGACAUCAAUAUCGAGCCCGGAGUAGAUCUACGAGUCAGCACCAACACCAGCGUCGACGCCAGCAUCCAAGAAGCGGAAUUGCAAGACAACAGAAACGGUCAAUUCCACCGCUCCUUCAGUCCUCGUCAGAUUCAUAUUAUAUCGCUAGGAUCAAACAUCGGCAGCGGCGUUUUCCUCGGCACAGGCAAAGCUUUAGCCAAUGGCGGUCCGGGGUUCAUGGUCAUCGCCUACUUUCUCGUGUGCUCGUGUGUCUGGGCUGUCUUGCAGACACUCGGCGAGAUGACGAUUGCAUUUCCAACGUCGGGAAACUACAUUGACUAUGCGGACCGUUGGGUUGAUCCGGCAUUAGCAUUUGGGGCAGGAUUUGCUGAAUGGCUUGGAUGGGUCGCUGUCGUUGCCCUCGAGGCCGUAUUUUUUGAUAUCUUCGUGCAAUAUUGGGCCUUGGGCGUUCUUCCUAUUGCUGCAUCUAUUACAAUCUUUCUCGUCGUGGUUCUGGCAAUAUUCUUCCUUCCCAACAAGAUAUUCGCCUGGUUCGAAUACAUAACUUCAGUGAUCAAAAUCUUCUUGUUCCUGAUGAUCAUCAUUCUGUCUCUGGCCAUUGUCUGUGGUGCCGGUCCUGAUGGCUACGUGCAUGAUGGAGCAUACUGGCGAGAUCUGCCACCGUUCAAAAAUGGCUUCACGGGAUUUGCGAAUUGUUGUCUCCUGGCCCUUGCGGGUGUUGGGGACCAAGUCUUCAUUGGCAUUAUGGGCGGCGAAGCCCAGAGUCCGCGAUUCUCCAUGGCCCACGCGACGAAACUGGUUCCGUUUCGAGUCAACUUCGUCUACAUGCUGAGUGUCGUCUUCAUCACAUUACUCGUACGAUCUGACGAUGAGCGCCUCCUCGGAGGCUCCGAUGUGACGGCAUCGGCAUUUGUCAUUGCGGUUGUCGAUGCGAAUAUUCCGGUCAUUCCAGAUAUCAUGAAUGCAGCCAUGAUCACUGGCAUUCUUGCCAUUGCCGCCGAGUCCGUCUACCUCUCUUCGAGAAUUCUAAGGGAAAUGGCCCACAAGAGGUUGAUUCCCGAAGUCAUCGCAAAGGUGGACAGUCGUGGACGACCUCGAUGGGCUCUUCUGAUUACUUGUGGUGUGGCGGUUUUCCUGAGCUAUCUAAGCUUAAGCUCCGGCGGUUACGAACUUUUCAUCUGGCUCGUCAAUAUUUCCAGCUCUGCCUACUUCAUCAACUGGAUCAUCAUCUCAUUCACAUCCUGGCGUUUCCAUCAGGCUCUCCAAGCACAAAACGACACUCUCUUCUCCCAAGUGUAUGCUUGGAAAUCGAUUGCCUGGCCUCUUAUGCCCGCUUGGAUGAUGACCAUUUCCUUACUGCUCUUGGUCUGCUGCGUGGAGGCCGGUGCCGUUCCCCUUGGAGGCGCGAGCUUUACUGCUUAUACCUUCUUCCAAUACAUUAUUGGGCUGUUGAUCAUUGUUUUCUUCACCCUAGGAUACAAGGUGAUCAUGCGCACACCAUGGCGGGAUCCUCGGACUGCAGAUUUGUUGACUGGUCGCCGUAUUCUGAGUGCGGAAGAGAUCAAAUAUCUCGAUAAUUAUUAUGCCAUGCCGAAAUGGAGACGAUUUGGAAGCUAUGUGCAACUUUGGUGA